ACGGCGAGCCGUGCCACACGACGGACGUCGGGCGCAACGUCGAGCUCCACUACUUGCCACGGCCUAAGCCGACCCCAAACGGGCCUCGCUCGCUGCUUUAUGACCCCCGAGUGAAACGGAGAACGACGAUAUCACGGGAAUAUAUUAUCUGUGUAUUAAACUCGUCUUUCCACGACGUCGACCUGAGAGAGAGAGAGAGAGAGAGAGAGAGAGAGAGAGAGAGAGAGAGGGGAGGGGGGAGGAAGAGAGAAAGAUUCAUUGCGGAAAGUUUAAACACCAGAAUUGAAGACCCAGACAUAAUCUGGGCGAGAGCCGCAUCGUCGACGCUAAAGAUACGGGAGUGAAGAAAGACCCUAUCUCUAAUCUUCGCUCUCUCUCUUCGUCCUAAAUAAAUAUACAGAUCAGCUUGGCGCGUUAAAGCUCCAAGCUCGUUAGAACUGUAUCGAUAUCCUUGCUUAAACACCGAGGAAGAUCGUCCAAGAAUAACGGACUGUCAGUAUAAGACUCGAACGUGGGCAUGUAACGCACCUCUGAAUUCUUAAAGGGCGCUUCGGGAACAAUUUGCUGGAUCGCGGGGCUCGCCGGCACCAGCGAGGGAGAACAAAUGGGAGAAGCGUACCCGAUGUCCCUCGCCCGGGGAAGAUCGAUGCGAUCGUAAACGGUGUUUUGGCGUUUAUGGCCCGUCCUUAAUACACCACGGUGAUCCGCCGAGUUGACGGUUUUAGCGGGUGAUACCUCGCCGCUCACGUCGUAGGCAGUGUUCGUAAAACUUACGUAACCGAACUUUAACAGAACGCGUACAUAACGAUCAGCCCUAACGGGACCUUGACACGUGCCCUUUCAUCGACUCGAGAGUGCGUCCAGGAAAUUCCCAUUUCCUGCCACGCGAAGAUAUCGUCAAUAUUCUCCCAGAUCUAACGCAUUCCAUGAAGGAAAUUCAAAACGUACGGAAUGAGCCAGUGCGAAACCAUACUCCAUGAAAGCAGCGAAAGGCAAGUCUGAUAAAAAUGCGGUAUCACGCCAUCUGAACGAAAUACAAACAGAAAGACUUCGGUCGAAGCCGCAGCGCGUGUGGGUGGUGUAUGUGAACGAAAUCAAGAGAGUUGUGUGCGUGAUCGUGUAUUGCUUGUUGGGCCUCUGCUGUGGCCGCGCUGAAAGGACGAGAAAGGACGAAGAGAUGGCGGAAAACGACAUCCAUGUCGCACCUGACGCCACCGUGAUUCAAUCCGACGAUGAAGAGCAACAAAAAGAGCUAUAUCCCAACACGGUGGAACAUAGGAACACCGCGGUGGAGAAUUGCGACGCAAAAACCGAGAGAACAACUAAUGAGAAAGAAAAAGUGGAUGAUCAUCGGGUGGAGACAUCGGAUCGAGCGCAAGAAUUACAAAUACAGAUGCAACCGCAAAUACUGCAGACUGACAUGCAAACUGACAGAAAAAUCGAUACAAGUUCGGAUCACAUAUUUGAUGUCGCAUUCGACGAUAAAAGAGUCUACAAGAAACCUUCGCCAAAUAACAAGUUGACACUUUACCUAACCAGCAGAGAGAUCAUCGUUAGUGAAGCCAAGAAUGACAACAAACUCCUAGGUGUCUUCGUAGUUGAUCCCGACUAUGUGCAUGAAAAGAAGGUAUUUGGUCAGAUAAUGCUGACUUUCCGUUACGGAAGAGAAGACGAAGAAGUAAUGGGCCUAAAAUUUUGCAACGAGGCGAUGAUGUGUCUGGCACAACUGUACCCGUCCUAUGUGGGAGCUCAUCAUCUGGAAACUAAGACCCCAUUGCAGAAUGAACUUAUCAAAAGACUAGGACCCAACGCACACGCGUUCACCAUAGAAAUUCCAUCAAUCGCCCCACCAUCCGUGCGACUAGUACCAGCUAAGGAAUACAAUGGUCCACCUAUAGGUAACAGCUACGACCUCAGAGUUUACGUGGCGGAGCGGGCGGACGAACAAUUGCACCGUAAAACCAUCGUCAGGAUGGGAAUUCAGGUGAUCCAGCGAGCCACGAAGCCGCCCUUACCGUCGAUGACUAUGUACAGUGUCCCUCUCUCCCAAGAACCAUCGACUGGCUCGAGAAUUCAAGGAUCCAAAACAAGAGUGGCGUUAGCGGAAAAUGAAAUCAUAGAGGAUAAUGAGAACGUGGGACCACAUGCGGCAGUAGAAAAACCAUUUUUAUUAAGUGAUGGUCGCGUCAGAUUGGAAGCAGGGCUAGACCACUCAAUCUACGAACACGGAGACCCAAUCAAUGUCCACGUCAGUGUUCGCAACAAUAGCUGCAAAUCAGUAAAGAGAGUAAAGAUAUUUGUCGUGCAACACGUGGACGUUUGCAUGUUUAGUAACGGCAAAUUCAAGAAUGUUGUGACCGUUAUGUCCUCGCAAGAGGGCUACCCCCUGGGCCCAGGUCGCAAUUCGAGGAAGACUUACACGCUCAGGCUCGUUCAGGGCACGACUGAGAAUUGGAUCGCCUUAGAAGACAGCUACACGAAAACCGGAUCGAGUCUGGCAGCAACGGUUGUUAACCCCAGGAACAGACCCGAUGACAGGAACGUUUAUAUGAUUUACGUGUCCUAUUACGUAAAGGUCAAACUGUUCAUUUCGGCGAUGGGCGGUGAAGUAUCUGUGAAGCUGCCGUUCACGCUGAUGCACAGGCACACGGAUCAGGACCUCGUGGAAUUCCCGUCCCCUAUCCGGGAGGCAUCUAAGGAAUUUGGAAAGAGCGCGAACGACACCACGGAGAAUUCCGACAGCAGUAGUAGUCAUCGGAAUAAGGGAAACAGGCUGGAGGACAUUAGGGAGCAGGAGUCGAGGGUGGGUGACGUGGGUCUGAGAGAACACUGCGAGGGGGACGACAGCACCUGAGAGCGGGCGCAACGAGGCGACGCGAUGUCGCGGCCGUCUGCCAGGAAGAGCAGCGAUGCGAAAGCCAUCAAGAAUUCGAAUCACAAGGCCUGCAGGCUCAGCGUCAACAUUCAACGAGUUUGGUGCUGCUUCAGACGAGCCUCCUAGUAAACGGAUAAAUGGAAGUCUCGUAGCAGUGAUUGACUGAUAGCGUUUCGCUUGCGCCAUUGUUGCGAUUCCUCCUGUUUUCUCACGGGAAAAUCUCGCAACGAUCGCAUGUCAAAAGGGGGGGAAAAAAGAGGAUAAGAUAACGUAUAAAUAAGUGAACUUUGUCAAUUGUCGUUAGAAUCAUUGAAUGUACACGUAAACGUGGAUAUCUCAUUAUUUUUCUUUGGAGGUAAAAGGAUUAUGUGCAAUUUUAGAGAAGCAAUGAACGACUUACCGCGCUUUACAUUUCGUAGAGAAAAUUUUAUAGAGGCGCGACUAAUUAUAAGACAUUGUAUUUUCAGGAGGGAUCAAGAAGUCGUGCGUAUUAUCGCACAGAUCAAGAUUUGGAUUGUCCUCAAUAGAAAAAGGAAUGUUUCAAUGAAUGUCAUUGCUGUAAUCAAGUAUGCGAAGUUGCAAGCUACUAGUGUAUCAUACAUAAGUCGUAUCUCUCGGCAUAAAUUCACUGACAUUUCGUUGAAAGACUUGAUUUCGCAAAUUUUCCACCUAGAGCUUUCAUCAUGUGAAAGAGAAAGAUCUCCCAAGAGAUGAGUGUCCCUGUAUAUUAACUCCGUUGGAUAAUAUUAAGGCGAUAUACAUAUAUAUAUGUAAUAUAUUCUUAUAAACUACGAGAAUUUUAUCGCUCACUACCUGGCUAUCUAAAGCUUCGUGAAUGUAAAUCAACUCGAAACUGUUUGCGUUUGUAUCUUCCUACUUGUUUAAGAUAUGAGAAGUCUCCUACUGCCACCUGGAUCACUCGCAAACAUUUCUCCGUUCAUUAAUUUCGAAAGCAUAUGAAAGAACAGAACAUUUCCUCAGUCUUGCAUACAAAACUUGUAGACUUAUCUACUUACUUCCUAUACUGAAGUAAUAUAUACCGAAUUAAAACUAUCAAAGAUAUUUUUCCAAGGAGAUAAAGAUAUAUCUAUUUUUUAUUAUAACGAUCAAUGUACAAAUUAUCCCGCUAUCACUAGAUAAAAUUUGAACUGUAUAUUUCUUUCGACAACCGUGAAAUUCGAUUUCUUCCGGAGGAUCCCUGAUAUCUUAAGCGAGAGUUUUCCGCUGCAAGUUGCAGCUUCGAUAUUAUAAUCGUAAUAUCGAGACGAAAUAUUUUUAUGCGUAUUCACAAUUGAAAGUACAUUUAAACUUAACUGAAAGAAAUUAAUUACAUUUAAACCUAACCGAGAGAAAUUAAUUAUAUAUAUCUACAGUAUCAAUUGUACAGACAAUUUUUUAAUUUUCAUAUAAACUACAAAACCACCAUAUCUAUCAUUAACAUUUAAUCAUUUCAUCUAGUGAUACUGAAAUGACUUGCGCAAUUACAUGCUUUUGUCCGCAAGAGAAACUAUUACACUGACUGACCAAUCCUGUGCAAAAUGACAAACUAAUUGCGACUAAACGAAAAAAAAAAGGUUAUCAUAGUAAUCAUUUCCAAAUGAGAUGUGGUAUUAACACUACGUCAAGUGAAACUUGAAUCGCUUCUCUAUCCACAAUAAGAUAUGUAAAGAUGUACAGAUUGUAUCUUUAGCAUUGUAAAUAAUAAAUACAUAUAUGUAUUUAUAUAAUAGUUACAUAAAUUUCUGUAAUAUCUAAACCGAUCAUGUCCUAUCUGCAAUAGGACAUGAUUAUAUAAUUAAAAAUUAUGAUAACAUAUCGUAAAUUGUCGCGAGCGAAAAUUUAUAUUCUAUAAUUCACGCGGUAUCUCUGACUUUCGUCCUUUUAUUUGAGCAUAAGUUAAAAAUCUGAAGCGAGUCUUAACUUAAUGUCUCGUUGAAACGUAGUACUUUCAACAAGCAACAUAUUGAGCAAGCUGUACAAGGAUGGGCAAAGUUGAGAGGGUGUGUGUGUGUGUGUGUGUGUGAAGUUGGCAGCCCAUUUUCAAACACCAAACGUUUCAUUAACACUUUGCAUCCGCAAUAAUUCUACAGUUUCUAACAGGUUUUGAUUUGGAUAAAAAAUGUUGGAAACUAUUUCUAAAACCUAUCGGGAACUGUAGCCACUGUAUUGUCGCGCAGAUACUUUGAGGUGCCAACUUCGCGGUGAUCAAAGUUGACCAAUUUGAUAAAUAAGUAUUUAAUGAUCUUUUGCUGAGAAAUCAGUAUUCUAAUAUUUCUAUAAAUUCUUAUAUCCACAGCGUUUUUAUUCUACGUUACUAAAUUUUGUUCUUAAAUUUUAUUCAAUAUAUAGCAAACAUAUAAACAUGUAGUCCUUUAUCGUGGACUAAAGCGCAGCUUCCCACACGUUAAAAUUAAUUCUGCGUUCCUAAUCCCCCGACGUUUAAUUACUGUUUAUUGUAUCUUAGACCGACUGUGACCAAAUUCUGAUUAACUUACCCAAUGGUUAACUUGUAUAAAAAAAAAUUCAUAGCACUUUAUUUGUAUAAAGAGAACUAUAAGGGCUGGUUGUUCCAACCUCUUGAUAAGUUAACUAAUAGUUAAAUCAUACAUGUCUAUUCUCCUUCAAAUUAGAUAAAGAUAGACAUAUAAUUUGACUGUUAGUUUGCCAAGAGGUUGGAAAAACCGAUACUGA